AUGGCCGGGCCCGCCGAGCGGCCUCCCCCUCACCGCGUCCGCGAUGGAGACUUCGUGGUGCUGAGGCGGCAGGACGUCUUCAAAGCCGUCCAAGUGCAGCGGAGGAAAAAAGUUAUCUUUGAAAAGCAGUGGUUCUAUUUAGAUAAUGUUAUUGGGCACAGUUAUGGAACGACAUUUGAAGUGUCAAGUGGCGGAAGCCUUCUGCCCAAGAAAAAGGUGGAAGAGACCAGUACGGAAACUAAAGAAGCGGGUACUGAUAAUCGAAAUAUAAUCGAUGAUGGGAAAUCUCAGAAGCUUACCCAGGAUGACAUAAAAGCUUUGAAGGACAAAGGAAUUAAAGGAGAGGAAAUAGUUCAACAGCUAAUAGAGAAUAGUACGACAUUCCGAGACAAGACAGAAUUUGCCCAAGAUAAAUAUAUAAAGAAGAAGAAGAAGAAAUAUGAGGCAAUCAUUACUGUUGUGAAGCCAUCUACCCGCAUUCUUUCAAUUAUGUACUAUGCAAGAGAACCUGGGAAAAUUAACCACUUGCGAUAUGAUACUCUAGCUCAGAUGUUGACUUUGGGAAAUAUCCGUGCUGGCAAUAAGAUGAUCGUUGUGGAGACUUGUGCUGGCUUGGUGCUGGGAGCAGUAAUGGAGCGAAUGGGAGGAUUUGGAUCCAUUAUUCAAAUGUAUCCUGGAGGUGGUCCCGUUAGAGCAGCAACAGCUUGUUUUGGGUUUCCAGAAUCAUUUUUCAACAGUCUCUAUGAAUUCCCCCUCAGCAAAGUGGACAGUCUUCUAGCUGGAACAUUUUCUUCGGAGACUUUGCCCUCAGAACCCAAAGACAGUGUUUCGGUAGAAGAGAGCAAUGGAGCUCUUGAUGAGAAACAAACUUCCCUGCAGGAGGCUGAAGAAGAAUCCAUUGCUGAAGUAGUAGUGGACAGUAACGAUGCUGAAGAUCAAGAAACAAUGGAAGUUGGUACAGAGGACCCAGAAUAUAAGGAUAGCAAAGAUAAGACCCAGGAAAAGCAAAGAAAACAAGAAGAACAGAGGAAGAGAGAAAUCGAAGCCUCUGCUUUAUUGAAUGAAAAGAAUGCCGAUGGCUUAAUUGUAGCCAGCCGGUUCCAUCCAACUCCACUGUUACUUUCUUUGCUGGAAUUUGUCGCUCCGUCAAGGCCUUUCGUCGUCUAUUGCCAAUAUAAAGAGCCAUUGUUAGAAUGCUACACAAAACUGCGUGAAAAGGGCGGUGUCAUUAACCUCAAGGUGUCGGAAACCUGGCUCAGAAGUUAUCAGGUUUUGCCCGAUCGAAGUCAUCCCAAACUGAUCAUGAGUGGCGGUGGGGGCUAUCUCCUCUCAGGGAUUACUGUGGUCACAGACAACCUCAAAGCUGAUGGCAGCACUUUAGAGUCACAGAAGACGGAGGAGCCCUCAUCUAAAAAACGAAGAGUUCAAGAGACUCAGUGUUAACUUUGGAAGAACGUCUCAGGAAGCUAAAAUUAGUAAUAAACCGUCUUUCCGUGUCAUUACUAAUCGCUCCUGAUGCCCUGGGGACAAAUACGUGUCGAUCACCCUUUGAAACAAAGGAGUUAAAGGUAUUUUAGAAAAGAAGCUUUUUUUUUUCUUUUAACAACUGGCUGUUAAGAAGGACGUUUGACCUGAAGAAUUUGAACCAAGGUCCACCGUACUGCAGAGAAAUCCAAAACCCAUAGGCAGGAGGAUUGCCAAUGACAGGUCGUUAAUUUGGUUCCUAAUCAUUGUCUUACAAAUCGAAGCAACUAAAAGCGUUUUCUGUGUUUGACUCUCCUCAACUAUAGGACCCUAACUAUUUUUAAUUACAUUUUAAACGAUUGAGAAAAAUUGACAGAGAGAAAUAUUGAAAAAAGAUAUAGGAAAAAACCCAUCAUGUAUUUCUCCCAUGUUGUUAGUAGUCCUAACUAUUAAAGAACAUGGGAUUGUGUUAUAAUUUGCAGAACCAAAAAUUUCCAGUAUUUUCUCUAUGGUACUACAUGCUUUUUAGAGGCUGAAAUGUAGACUCUUAAUAUUUUUAAUAUUUGAAGACAGGGAAGUUAUAAAUAUUUAUUUUACUGUCAUCAUCAUCAUGGUAUAGUGGAAUGGGUAGGGGUUUUUUCUCGUUUUUUUUUUUUUUCAAAUUUCGUCAUUUUAAAUAAAACUAUCAGGAUUUUCUUGCAAUAAUACAGCUGAAAGAAAUGGUUUCUUUUAUAUUUUUUCCCUUGUGGGAAUGUGAAUAUAUGAAAAGUGAAUGUGUUCUCUAUAUAAAAUAUUUUUGAAAGCCUGGAUGCGCUUAGUCUUUUGAAUACUGCAUUAAAGUACGAUGUUACGGUUUGCUAGGCAUUAGCGUGACCAGAUUGUUAAAUUUUCUUCAACUCCAAUAAA